AUGCCCCCGCCUCCUUCCCCAAAUCCCCAAAUUUUUAACCCUAACCCACCCCUCUCUCUCUCUCUCUGUCUCCGCGAACUACUCCCGCCGUCGACCCAUCCGCCGCUGCCUCCGCCUCCUGUCAUCGCCGCUGCUUCUGCUUCCGCCUCCUGUCGUCGCCUCUGCUUCCUCCCCCGUUCGCCGCCGCUGCCUCCAGCUCGAUCGGGCUCCCCCUCCGCCUUCAUCGCUGCGAGAUCCGCCUCUGCCGCCUCAAAGUGGGUGCCACCAAGUCUAAGUGUCCCAAUACUAGAUUUGGUAGAUGUUGUUUUCCAGCUGCAAGACGGGGGUUGGAUCAGGCGGAAGGCUUUCUGGGUGGCCAAACAGGUAUUACAGUUGGGAAUGGGUGAUGCCUUCGAUGAUUGGUUGAUUGAGAAAAUCCAACUUUUACGUAGGGGAACAGUGGUUGCUUCAGGAAUCAGGCGGAUUGAGCAGAUACUUUGGCCUGAUGGAAUAUUCAUAACAAAACAUCCAAGGCGACAACGACCAACUGCCUCUGGAAACACACCUCUACGUUCAACUGAUGGCCAACCCCCCAUAUCUGUAUAUUCACCUAAGAAAAUUGAGGAUGUCCACCAAUGGGAAGAGCAACAACUAAAGGAAGCUGAGCGUCGUGCAAAAUUUGUAUAUGACCUAAUGAUUGAUAAUGCACCAGCUGCUAUUGUGAGUCUUUUUGGUCGAAAAGAGUAUGAACAAUGUGCUAAGGAUCUCUACUACUUUAUUCAGGUCCACUUGAGAGUUGGUACUUGGUAGGACUAAUCUCUUAUUCGGCUUGCUACCCUACAAUUUGGGUGGGGAAUUUUACGUAGAAUUAGUGGAUUGAGCAUGUUUAUUUUUUUCCAAUGGUCUGGGAGAUCUAAUCAAUUUUUUCCCCUUCAUGCGGUAAUGUGAGAUAGGCACUCUUUCCCAGGCUCGAAGAAUGUUCGUGAAGCAGUGAAACACUUUGGUAAGGCCCCUGGUGUGACACACAACCACACAAAGCCUUAUAUGCGAUCCAGGGGAAGAAUGCUUGUGAAGUAGUGAAAUUGAAUUUGUAAAAUGGGCUUUGAAGAAACUAUUCUUUUUAUUUGUUAAUUAUAUGUAUUCCAUUCAAAUGUUACUUGGUCUUGUAAGCUACCUGAAGAAUGGGUGUUUCUUAUUUAACUUUUCGAGAAAAUUGUUGUGCAC